AGUAAGAUUUGGGACACUCAGCUGGACAAGUCGAAAUGGAUGCACUUCUGAAAAUUGUCUUGUUGAUCAGCUUGUAUUUCAUUGCAAUAAGCCUGCACUUGGGAUUGUGUGACGAUGUUCCUUCCGCCGAGGCAGACACAGUGGUAACUGAAAGUGAAGAGCACUACACCGCAUCCGAUGACUUCGACUAUUAGGUGUUACGAACAAAUCCCCAUUAAGUUCAAUCAUGAGUAAAUAAAUGAACAAUCUUUCAGC